GACACCAGACAUCAGAGACAGACAGAAAAAUUCAAAGGGCCAACCCGUCUUGCUUUGGGCAGGUGCUCUCUAGAACAGAAGGAGCUGGGAAGAGCAGAAAGGAUGCAGCAGCCAUCUCUGACUUGGAUGCUAAUGGUGAUGGUGGCCUCUUGGUUCAUCACAACUGCAGCCACUAACACCUCAGAAGCAAGAUGGUGCUCUGAAUGUCACAGCAAUGCCACCUGCACGGAGGAUGAGGCCAUUACGACGUGCACCUGUCAGGAGGGCUUCACCGGCGACGGCCUGACCUGCGUGGACCUGGAUGAGUGCGCCAUUCCUGGAGCUCACAACUGCUCCGCCAACAGCAGCUGCGUAAACACGCCAGGCUCCUUCUCCUGCGUCUGCCCCGAAGGCUUCCGCCUGUCCCCCGGUCUCGGCUGCACAGACGUGGAUGAGUGCGCGGAGCCUGGGCUUAACCACUGCCACGCCCUGGCCACGUGUGUCAAUGUGGCGGGCAACUACUUGUGCGUAUGCCCCGCGGGCUACCGGGGGGAUGGAUGGCACUGUGAGUGCUCCCCGGGCUCCUGCGGGCCGGGGUUGGACUGCGUGCCCGAGGGUGACGCGCUCGUGUGCGCGGAUCCGUGCCAGGCGCACCGCACCCUGGACGAGUACUGGCGCAGCACCGAGUACGGGGAGGGCUACGCCUGCGACACGGACCUGCGCGGCUGGUACCGCUUCGUGGGCCAGGGCGGUGCGCGCCUGGCCGAGACCUGCGUGCCAGUCCUGCGCUGCAACACGGCCGCCCCCAUGUGGCUCAAUGGCACGCAUCCGUCCAGCGACGAGGGCAUCGUGAGCCGCAAGGCCUGCGCGCACUGGAGCGGCCACUGCUGCCUGUGGGAUGCGUCCGUCCAGGUGAAGGCCUGUGCCGGCGGCUACUACGUGUACAACCUGACAGCGCCCCCAGAGUGUCACCUGGCGUACUGCACAGACCCCAGCUCCGUGGAGGGGACGUGUGAGGAGUGCAGUAUAGACGAGGACUGCAAAUCGGAUAAUGGCAGAUGGCACUGCCAGUGCAAACAGGACUUCAACAUCACUGAUAUCUCCCUCCUGGAGCACAGGCUGGAAUGUGGGGCCAAUGACAUGAAGGUGUCGCUGGGCAAGUGCCAGCUGAAGAGUCUGGGCUUCGACAAGGUCUUCAUGUACCUGAGUGACAGCCGGUGCUCGGGCUUCCAUGACAGAGACAACCGGGACUGGGUGUCUGUAGUGACCCCAGCUCGGGAUGGCCCCUGUGGGACAGUGUUGACGAGGAAUGAAACCCACGCCACUUACAGCAACACCCUAUACCUGGCAGAUGAGAUCAUCAUACGUGACCGCAACAUCAAAAUCAACUUUGCGUGUUCCUACCCCCUGGACAUGAAAGUCAGCCUGAAGACCUCCCUACAGCCAAUGGUCAGCCAGACUCAGGAAAGGAUGCUGGGCACUGAUGAGGGUGCACAGCUGACUUGGAGGAAGAAGGGUGCUCAUUGCAAGCUGUUGGCUGGAGCCUCACCUGGCCUAGCAGUGUCCUGGAGCAAUUUGGCCCUGUCCUCGGCCUGUGCUCUAAACAUCAGAGUGGGCGGGACCGGCAUGUUCACCGUGCGGAUGGCCCUCUUCCAGAACCCUUCCUACACGCAGCCCUACCAAGGCUCCUCUGUGACGUUGUCCACUGAGGCUUUUCUCUACGUGGGCACCAUGUUGGAUGGGGGCGACCUGUCCCGAUUUGCACUGCUCAUGACCAACUGCUAUGCCACACCCAGUGGCAAUGCCACAGACCCCCUGAAGUACUUCAUCAUCCAGGACAGAUGCCCACACACUAGAGACUCAACUAUCCAAGUGGUGGAGAACGGGGAGUCCUCCCAGGGCCGAUUCUCCGUCCAGAUGUUCCGGUUUGCUGGAAACUAUGACCUAGUCUACCUGCACUGUGAAGUCUAUCUCUGUGACACCAUGAAUGAAAAGUGCAAGCCUACCUGCUCUGGGACCAGAUUCCGAAGUGGGAGUGUCAUAGAUCAAUCCCGUGUCCUGAACUUGGGUCCCAUCACACGGAAAGGUGUCCAGGCCACAGUCUCAAGGGCUGCUUUUAGCAGCUUGGGGCUCCUGAAAGUCUGGCUGCCUCUGCUUCUCUCGGCCACCUUGACUCUGACUUUUCAGUGACUGACAGCGGAAAGCCCUGUGCUCCAUGGCUGCCAUCUCACUUCCUGCUGGGCAGGGGGCAUGAUGCGGGCCAGUGCUCCAGCCACAGAAAAGAAAGUUCAUGCUUUGUUCAGCCUGCCUUCUUUUCUCCCUUUUAAUCCUGGCUGUCAAGAAACAGCCUGUGUCUUUAAAUGCUGCUUUUUCUCAAAAUGGGACUUGUGACUGUGUACCUGAGGCCCCCAUCUCCUUAAAGAGUGUGGCAAAAUAAUAAUUUUUAAAUCUCA